AUGAAUAAUAUCGCAAAUAGCACGUCGCCCGUGCUAAAUAGCAUGGAGAAUAGGAGCGAAGUAGAACAAUAUAAUGAAAAUGAAGAAUUAUAUCGAGUGGAGGAGACUGAAGAAAAUACAAACCUAUAUACAAAAAAAAGAUAUCGAGAUGAGGAUGACACGGAGAUGUGGACUUUAGUGUCUAGAAAUAGCAAAAGAAAGUAUCGUAGAAAUUUAUCAGAAAAAAGUUUAGAAGAAAUAGAUGAUAAAAUAGAAGUCUGUAUUACAAGUAAAGAAAAAAUUCCUAAGCAGAUAGAAUUGGCGAGGUUUUUGAAAGAACACAAUAUAUUAAAUAUAAUAAGAGUUAAAUAUGCAACACCUUAUAAAAUUUUUGUUUUAUUUGAAGAAGAAAGCGAUGCAGAAAAAAUGAUUACUUCUACAGCGUUGCAGGAAAAAGGCUGGAAAUGCUACAAAACAAGUGAAGUCGGAUUUUCCUAUGGCAUUAUCAGAGAUAUUGAGUUAGAUCUGUCUGAAAAGGAUGUACAAUUGAGCAUUUCGUCGGAUUUAGAGAUAAUAUCAGUUAAAAGAUUAUUUCGUAGAAAUGAUGAAAUCCCUGAAAAAUUGAAAAACAUUAUAUUUAUACGUAGAAUAUCUCUGAAGGAGAAAAUUACAGAAGCUUUAGCAAUUAUAUGGGAGUGGCUGAUUUCUUUAUGUAAGACCAAAGUCUUAGAGUUACCAAUAUUCAAAAAUAUAUUUGAAUCUGUAGAUGGA